AUGGACUACAGCAGGCGGUCAGCGGCACCGCGAAUCAGUGACAGCCCCCAACAUAUCUAUAGCAGAAACCACAGUCGGAGAUGCCCUCAAGGGCCCACUAUUAAAAUAAUCAACUCGGACACUGGCGACUCUGGAGAACUAUACCACUGUCAAUGUGGCCAAGACAUCUACCCAUCUCCUAGACGCUAUAAGCCCGCCGCUUCACCGACCAACAGUGUGGUCACGUACAAGAAGCAAAUCGGCCGCGAUAAGAUGCUGGUCGUCAAGCAAGAGUUAGACGCCCCUGUUGUUACGAUCUGGGUGGCUUUCCAUGCUAUCAUGUUCAUAUUCUUCUUUUUGCUGGUGUUAAUAAUACUGCAGCUGGCGUCGUUGAGAAUCCGCAAGGCAGACGAAAUCAUGGCUGUACUGGCACUUUUGCUGUUCGUUCUGAUUUACUUUCAACCUCGCUACUUCCUCCCUUUUUUUGUAUUUCAACUAGGUACAUAUUGCAAGACGUAG